GUUGCGUAAGGUCUGUGAGAGAGACACCAUGAACCACCUUAUUACAAUUUCCAUCCUAGUGCUCUCCCUGUCUCCAUCUCUGGCUCUGACGAGCACCAAUGACAGCUAUCUUCUGGAUGGAUCUGUUGGAACUCAAGUCAUCCAUGUCAAUGCCUUCCGAGGUAUGGUCAGCAUCCGAGACAGCAAUGUUUUGAGUGAAUGGGAUGGAAUCUUGGACUACAAGAAUGCCCUCUUGGCAGCUAAGCUAUUUAGCAAGAUGGCCUGCGUCCUGGCCAAGAUGGACCAAGAGGUCUUCCCAAGUUUGGAUGACAUUAAGAAGGCCAUAGUCAAGCAGGCUUCCACCCAUUACCCCUCCACCCACGGCCUGACCUACACUGUUCUACCCAGCCGGGUUAAGAACCUAGCCCAGUACGGGACGCUCAUCAAGGACAUGUGCAGAGCGUUCCCCACCUACUUUGCCCAGCAGCAAAAGGAAGGUACUGCCCUGGCGAUUGACCCUAAUUCCUGUUUCGAAGUCCAGCUUCUGUCCUUCUUGGGACUCUCCAUCUGUGGUGAGAUCCCUGGGCUCUGAGCCUGCAGGUCAGCCAUGUGAAGAGAGGACCAGCCUGCCCUGGGCCGCUGACCAGAGGUCGGUGUCCAGGGACCCAGCCUGAUCUCUGCCUGUGAGAAGCUGUUUGUGUCAGUUCUCUCCCUCUGCCUUUCCACCCAGUGCCAGUCUCUGUAAUCUCAGCUCAUGAGUGCACUUUCUCCCUGUAGGUUACCAUAAUAAAGCUUCUUUCAUUACUGGUCUAGCA